AUGAUCAUCGCAAAUUUGGUUCGCUCAGUCCGCGUGUGCAUCAUGAAGAAUCAUAAACAUAGGUUUGCAAACAAGCCUGAACUCUACGCAGGUUGGCUUCUAGAUAUGAAAACUUUAGCUAAACACCUCACUGAUGAAGAAAUAAAAGAAGUCGUGCUAAAGUUAGCGCGGGCGGAAUACCUUUACAAUUUGUUUUCAUAUAAAAACGUGGAACCUCUUAUUAAAAAAUUGAGCGUUGAUGAGAGAGCAUCCUUCAAAAAGCAAGUUUUUGUCCAAAAUGAGAUUGGAACAAAGGUAAGCACCUGGCUUUACCAACCACCCUCUCCACCCUCUGGUCCGGAGUGUGAAGUUUUGGACUCCAUUUUCGAUGAUGUUAAACAUAAGCCAGACAAAUACAAGGACAUUGAACCACCAAAUUUCAAACGUAGAAUACAAAAUAAAUGCGGUGCGCCUAUGAGAUCUGAUAUAGCAUACUGUAUGGUAGGCGAUUGUUUUCCGAGGAGUAGGAAAACUUUGCUAGAUCAGCUGUUUGAUCGCUAUAGAUUUUACAGCUUCGAUCGGAAAAUGUUUGAACUUCGAAAAUUGUUAAUGGCGGAGGGAUCUGUAAAGAAUCGAGAAUUCAUGAUGCUAGUGUUGGUUAGCAAAUAUGGAGAGAAUAUGGACCAAGUUAACAAAUUGAUAAUUUUGCUUGUUGAACGGCACAAAACCGAACCGAGUAAUUUGCGGGCAGCCAUUGUACGGAGCUUAGUUGUGCGGGCGUGCGUUUGGCGUCUACCACCGAGGGCUUGGAGUCUCUUGCUUGAUUUUGGACGAGAAUUAGGGCUUGAAGAAGCAUCGCAGAUAAUUUGCCUCGAAGGGAUGCACGCUGCAGUGUUGAGAACCUUAUUGUCGGGUGAAGAAUGUCCACUUUCUUUAAAAGCCGCUUAUCUGGAUAAUUUCUCGAUUCUCACUAAUAACAUCGGGAUCCAACUUCGGCGGAAAGUCUCCUUCAUCGACUUUUCAAUGAACGAGUUGCCCGACGCGAAUUAUUCCGCGAAACCUUUAAGGUUUUUAAAACAAAUACAUCAUAUUUGA